CUUUAUGGAAAAUGCCUUUGCAGUUUGAGCUGUGUCCUGGUAGAAUGAUUGGGGGAUCCCACCCGUGCUUUAUUAUUGCUGAAAUUGGACAAAACCAUCAAGGAGACAUUGAGAUUGCUAAGAAAAUGAUCAAGAUGGCAAAGGACUGUGGAGCUGAUUGUGCCAAAUUCCAAAAAAGUGAGUUGGAGGGUAAAUUUAACAAGCGUGCUCUGGAGCGUCCCUACAAUUCCAAACACUCUUGGGGGAAAACCUAUGGGGAGCACAAACGUUAUCUGGAGUUCAGCCAUGAUCAGUACAGGGAACUGAAAAAGUAUGCCCAAGAGAUAGGCAUUUUCCUCACUGCCUCAGGAAUGGAUGAGAUGGCUAUGGACUUCCUUCAUGAAUUAGGUGUGCCUUUUUUCAAAGUUGCUUCGUGUGAUGCUAAUAAUUUUCCCUGUUUGGAGAAAACUGCCAAAAAAGGACGUCCCAUGGUAAUCUCCAGUGGGAUGCAGUCUAUGGAGACAAUGCGUCGAGUUUAUCAGACGGUGAAGCAGCACAACGAGAACUUCACGAUCCUGCAGUGUACCUCUGCGUAUCCUCUGGAUGCCAAAGAUGUCCAUCUGAGUGUGAUCAAGGAAUAUCAUAAAGAAUUCCCAAAUAUUCCUAUUGGAUAUUCGGGACAUGAACAGGGAAUUUAUAUUUCAGUGGCUGCCGUGGCGAUGGGGGCCAAAGUAGUGGAGCGCCAUGUGACACUGGACAAAACCUGGAAAGGCAAUGACCAUGAGGCCUCACUGGAUUGCUCUGAGCUGGCCGAGCUGGUCAGGGCCAUUCGGCUGGUCGAGACGGCACUGGGAUCUCCCACUAAGAUGCUGCUUCCCUGUGAAAAAAACUGUCAUGAUAAGCUUGGGAAGUCGGUCAUUGCCAAGAUGGACAUUGCCAAGGGCACAGUGCUGAGUGUUGACAUGUUUGCAGUGAAAGUGGGUGAACCUAAAGGAAUCACUCCAGAGAAAAUGCAGCAGCUUGUGGGCAAGAAGCUUAAAGUAGAUGUGGCCUUUGACGACAGCAUCCUGCCCAGCAUGAUAGAGGGAGAGAUCUAAUAUAUGCACAUCCACAACAUGAAGUUGCCUUGCAUACAUACAGACCUCAUUUGAAGUUGUUUUGUAAUGAAAGAAACAAUCAUUGAAUUGAAGUUGCAUGUU